CUUAACGCCGCAAACGUUCUGAUCGGUGAUCCACUGCGGCCAAAUAAACUUGACACCAACACACCUGAAUCUCAACGGUAUGACAACGUAUAUGCAGUAGAAUACGAGCAUGAGCUACUGCGCGUUCGUGAGAUCGUCCGGCUUCUCUCAGACCGCGCUUUGAAGCAAGAGGUGAGCAUUAAGAGCUUGACUCCAUCCCCACGCCAAACUCUCUGUCCACUCCAGCUUGCCAUCUCAAAGUCAUGUGGCCCCAUGUUCGAAGAGCUGUUAGAGUUGGAGAAAGACCAAAUUAAGAAUUCAAAAGUCGGAGAGGAGGAGAGUAGCUGGUUCAAGCCGAAUUUUCAAUACUCCCGGAUACGUCGAGAUGCUUUUGCUCAGGCCACGAAUCAGGUCUUGGCAACUGUGAAAGAGAUCUCGGAACAGCCAAAGAAUUCGACAGGUCUCUGCGAGUUGGUAAAUGAAUUGCUUGUACUUGGCCAUGAGAAUAUCGUACCGGAGCUCAAGACACUAGGGUGGGACUUUGUCGAAUUUACCCGUCACGGCCCUGCUGGAGCUAGUGCAGCAUGCUCAGCGACGCACAUGCUGGCUGACAAAGGUUAUUCCCACAUUCUCGAACGAGUUGGUGCUGGAGUGACGCAGUACGACGACAUUGCGUGGGCGAAGUCGAUGGAGACGGAGAGAAAUUACAACGUGGGAGAAGUCAAACCCAUCCUUCCUGGUGCAUGUGCCAGAGCUCUCCCUAAUCUUCCCGUCGUCAAGGUGCUCGUCGAAAAGCUAGGUGUGGACAUCAAUGCUCAGCUGAGAAGUCACUCGUACCGCCCCCGAGGUGGUUACCAAGACCAAGUGAAUGCAUCGUCCCUGCAUAUCCUUGCCGCAGCAAGUCAUUGGUGGCAGUUCGAGGCCCUAGAGUUUCUCCUUGAACGCGGCGCGAACACUGAAGUACGAAACGAGAUUGGAGAGACACCGCUCCAUGUCGCCUUGACAUGUAUGAACGAAACGCGAAAAGACAACGACCGUUUUGUCGAGGCACUUUUGAAACACGGCGCGGACCCAAACGCUGCGGAUCAAGAUGGAAAAACCUGCCUCUACUACGCCACGACAACUCCACGCCUGAUAUCGCUCCUCGUUGAACGCGGCGCAAAUGUCAAUGGCGGAUCCAAACCUCCCCUCAUCGAAGCCAUAGAGAAUCAGAAUUUAGACGUUGUCCAAUGUCUCCUUGCUGCCGGUGCUGAUGUCAACCUUCCCUAUGCGCAAGAACCGCCCGACAACCCAACCUGGGCCUCCAGAAACGCCAGCAAGUUUUCAAAAAUAAGAAUAAGUCCGUCGC